GGAACAUGCAUGUAAAGGGUUUGAAGUGUAUUGCAGUAAUAUGAAGUCUACCUUAAAUAAAAGGGCUGUGAAAACUGCGGCUGGGUGGGUGCACUGUGGACAGUGUCUUGCAAUCUCUCAGGGUUAGUAACAUCUCAGGAGAACCAGUUAGGAGACUGUGAGUUGGAAUUGGGUAAAGGAUCCCUUGAAUCAGUAUAAAGCCUCACAAUGUGCCUCUGCAGCGUCCUCCUCUGCAAAGUGCUGCUGCAUUAAAGGAAAAGGGAGGGGAGUCCGGUGGACAGUGUUAUCAACAGUCCCUGUGUAUGUUGUAUUCUGAUAGUUCAGAGGUGAAAAGGACAUCCUAGCAUGUAAAUGAAUUGUAAACGUGUGAUAUCUCAGUAUUCAUCUCUCUUUGAAAGAGAACGGUGGAGGAAGAAGUAAAUGGCCUUAUAUUAAUUAGUAUAGCUAAGUACUGGUGAUGGAUCUCCUUCAAAAUCAUCCUAAUGACCUUUUGUUCCCUGAAGAACUCCAACUUGUCAAAAGACAUGAAAUUGGAUAAAAGAUCCUUGGGUCCUGAUUCUGUCAUCUCAGACCUGCUUAGACGUCUUCAGGGGAAGUUUGAGUCGCAAGACUGAGGCCCCAGUUCUGCUGGAACACCCUGAAGAUGAGAUUUGGACAUUAGACUCUGUGUCCGAUCCUUUGGGGUUGGUAGAACCUUUUCUUUUAUAUGAUGAAAUAAGAUUGACAGAAAUUUUCAUCAGAUUUAACGUGGGUACCUGGAUGGAGGCCUGAGGCUGGAUGACUCUAAGGGCACUGUGUUGUUUGGAUUUCUGUGUAACCAGUAAGGUAAUAAAGAAGCUGUUUUAUGCUGGUUGGUAAAUCUAAGGAUUGGAAGAUCCACCAAUUCUAUGGGGAUUGUCUGCCCCAUUCUUUGCAGUUCACCCUAAUUGAGUGACCACAGCUGGCUCCCCACUAGCACCCCGGUCACGGUUGCGUAGUCGGCAGGAUGCACAUUACAUUACCACAGGUUUAUUAGGUUUUUGGAUCAGAACCACGUGCUUUUCAAAAUUUAAUUUUGCUAUUGGAGAGUUUAAGGGUUAAAAAUCAGCUCCAGUGAGUGACCCCUGAUCAAGAUCCUGACCGAGAAAGCCUGGAAGAAUUGUGCUCACAGAGGGGUUUGUCUUUUGAGAAAACGGCCCCGGAGCAGGAACUGAAAAAUCUGUUAAUUGCCAGUGAUAAGGAAGAAGAAGCAGCAAAAAUGCUUGUGGUGAGACACCAGCAGCUAGACUUGAACAACAGCAAAACUAGCGGAUGUGGAAGGAGAAGUUGCUGAGAGGGAAUGCCUGUGUUUGAACAUGAACAGAGACUGGCAGAGAGUCGAUUGCAGGAACUCGAAGCGAAGGGAAAAGUGGACAGACUUAAGCUCCAACUCCAGAGAAUAAAGGAACAACAGGAACUGUCUCAUCCUGGAAAGCCAGAUCCUCUCAACACCAGAGAUGGGGAUAGAAUCUCUCCAGUUUGUAACCAUGUUGAUGUUGGACAUCAUCUCGACACUGGUGAGCCUGCUGCAACCCGUGCUUUCAGUGCUGUCGGGGGCUGAGCUGUGUCAAGGCCAGUUCGCCGUCGGAGAGUGCACACCAGGAUAUGGCAUGUGCCUGGAGCCCCGACCUUCUGCACCUUGGUCUGCUAGAACCGCCCCUUUCUGGACCAUGUAAGGACCACCUGGAGCUUCUCCUUCCUCAUCGCCCUGCUCCGCAUCACAAUCAUCAGAAUGCUGUACCCCAAAGAGGAUUAUCAGGGAAAUGGGGGGCAGGAGGUCGCGGCGUCGGCCACAUGCAGCAAAGCCACCAAGCACAGGUUGGUGGUAGAAUCGCAUGUGGCUACGAGAGCCGAGCUGGUGGGGGAACCUGACAUGGCCACUAAAUCCAACAUGGCUGCCAUGGUCCGGCCAGUGGGAGAUUCCAACAUGGCUGCCAACGCCAAGCUGGUUGGCGCAACCAAUGUAGCUGCCAGAUCCAACACGAUUGGCAUCAGUGGUGUGACCAGUUCGCCGGCAGGAACCGAUAUGGCCGCCCGGCCACUCUGGCAUGCUGGAGUCUUCACUGUGUACAUCACUGUGCUGCUGGCUACCGAGAUUGGCUUCCUGUGGGCCGUGCUGGCCCGGCAGUUGCCCAUGGUGUCAGGAGUUUUCUUCCGCGGCUUCCCCAGCACCCCGGCCUGUCCCCCUGCCCUUGAGUGCGUCGUGUGGGGCCAGCCCGACAAGCACAUGGCGCUGGUUAUGUUGGCUUUCACAGCCUGCAUCAGCAUCCUGGUUUGCCUAGGCUAUGGGGGCAUGUGGCUAUGCCAGGCGACCUGUUGUCGUGGGAGACAGGAGAGGGAGCGGGCCCUGGAGGUGGUACACAUGAGGGAGGGGUGUAUGUGCUGUGAUGAGUGUGAAGAGGGGGAGAUGGGGGAAGGCAGGGUGCUGAGUGGGGAGUGGGAUGCCGGGAUGGGAGUGAACCAGGAACGGAAGGACUGGGGAGAGGUGGACAAAGGACUGGAGGAUGAGACGGGGGGGGACCAGGAAUGGAGCCUACUGGGAGGAGAGGGGAGGAGACUGGGUUCGCUGUCUGACCCCCCCCUGCUGAGUCCCAAGGCCAUAGAAGCAUUCAGCCAAAUGGAUGGUGUUGAGACGGGGGACUACGACCUGUUCAAACAGGCUUUGUUGCGGCAGUUUGAACUGACCCCCGAGGCGUACAAGAAACAAUUCCAGGGUGUGUGCAAGGCCUCAGGUGUCACCUACAAGGAGGUUGCCAACCUGCUGGAGGAAUAUCUCCGUAAGUGGGGGAAGGGCACAGGGGCCACUACCGCAGAGGAUGUGUAUAACCUGGUAGGGUUGGAGCAGCUGUAUGACAUCUGCCCUCCGGACCUUAAGAUGUGGCUAGUGGACCGGAAGCAUUGCGGCGUUGUAGUCAUUACCGACAAGGUGGCUGUGCUCUGGGACGAGAUCAGCUCACAGACGAAGAAUAGCUAA